AUGCUGGAGUACAUUCUGCGACGGCCACAGAGGCUCUUUACUCUCGUGGCUGCUUUUUUCCUGAUCGUAUUCAUAUCAACCUUUUUUUCUGUGUCUUCUGAUAAUGCUAAGCACUUUCACAAGCAGCUGAAAAAAAUUCCCAAGUUCUUGAGAAACCAAACUUGUCCCCCCGGUGUUAUGGAGUCGAAAUACAGAAAUGAGUUUCAUUUCUUGAGCAAUAUUGAUUCUGUCGAAGAGCUCAGUAAGCUCGCCGUGCCGGAUGUUCAUGGAAACUACUUUCCGCCUGAGUUUAAUCCUGCAGAGAUUAACAAGGCACCUCGAGCUAAAGCUGCCUUUAUCUCUCUUGUACGUAACUCUGAGCUCGAAGAACUUCGUCAGAGUAUGGAGGAGUUUGAGUACAGGUUCAACCGGAAGUACAAUUACCCUUGGAUUUUUUUAAAUGAUGUCCCCUUUACCGACGAGUUUAAAAAGGGUGUCCGAAAGAUGACCCGCGCACCAAUUCACUUUGGGCUCGUACCCAAGGAGCACUGGAGCUAUCCUAGCUGGAUCGACCAGGACAAGGCUGCCGAGACUAGGAAAAAGAUGGAAGAGGCCGAUAUUGUCUACGGGGAGUCUGAAUCGUACCGUCAUAUGUGUCGAUUCCAAAGUGGCUUUUUCUUUGAGCACCCCCUCACGUAUGAGCUUGGUCUUGAGUAUUAUUGGCGUGUUGAGCCCGGUGUCCAUUUAAUGUGCGAUGUCGACUUCGACCCAUUCGUGUUUAUGCAAUUGAAUAACAAGGCUUAUGGCUUCACUAUCAGCACGCACGAGUACAGUGAAACUAUUCCGACGCUGUGGUCAGAGACUCUUAAGUUUGUGCAGAAGCAUCCUGAAUAUAUUGCUCCCGACAAUGCCAUGAAGUUUGUUACUGAUUCAGACAGCUUGCAUGGAUCUGACUAUAAUUUGUGUCACUUCUGGAGCAAUUUUGAAAUCGGUGAUCUGCGCUUCUUCCGUGGACGACAGUAUAAGCAAUACUUUGACCAUCUUGACAAAGCUGGCGGCUUCUUCUACGAGCGAUGGGGUGAUGCACCGGUGCACAGCAUUGCUGCUUCGCUCCUCCUGAAUCGUUCACAAAUUUAUCACUUUGAUGAAAUUGGCUAUGAGCACUCGCCCUGGGCACAUUGUCCUGCUAAUCGAAAGAAAUAUCACGACAAUGGUAAAUGCUCCUGUAAUCCUGAUGACUCCUUUGACUUUGACGAUUGGUCGUGCAAUAAGCUAUGGUGGAGCCUCUCCGUUGAAGGGGCACCCGAGUAA